AUGAAUUAUUUAUAUACAAAACUUUCGUUGUCAUAUUUUGGAGCACUUCUUGCUUCCUCCGUUUGCGGAACACAAUAUCUUUUCUCUGCAUAUAGCACUGCAUUGGCCAGUAAAUUAAAUUUUAGCUCCGUUCAAAUUAAUACCAUUGGAAGCGCAACUAAUUUCGGUUGUUAUUUGAGCGGUCCAAUUUUCGGUUAUAUCAUUGAUCACCAUGGACCUAGAAGGACUGCCAUGAUCUCUUCGUUCUUUAUUUUUGCCGGAUAUUUUUGUUUAGCAAUGACGUAUGGGGAAAUAUUUAAUUCAAAAUCCUUUCUUCUAUGUGCUUUAUAUUUGCUUACCGUUGGAAUUGCUUCGUCUGCAGCCUACAAUUCGGUUCUUGGACUUGUCGCUAGAAAUUUUACAAAAAAUCGUGGAAUUGCAUUUGGUUUUCCUGUAGCAUUAUAUGGCCUUUCCGCUUUCUUGUUCGCUCAAGUGAACGGCUUAUAUUUCAAUAACGAUACAUACCAUUUUCUAAUAUUCCUUGCUAUAGCAUGUGGUUUGUCUAUAUUAAUAGGCGGCUGGUUUUUGGUAGUCAUACCUCGUAACAAGCUUAUCGCCGAAGCUAAUCAAAUUUCUGAUCUUCCCGAAUCAUCCUCAUCCAGUGAUCAAAGCAAUGAACAAACCCCUUUGAUAGACAACAAAAUUUCUGAUGAGCCUGACAUAGGAGGAUUGGAAUUAUUUUAUAAUUCUGAUGCUUUACUUUUAGGUACCUUAAUGUUCUUGCUCGGUGGAUGUGGACUGAUGUAUAUUAAUAACGUUGGGGAAAUAAUAAAAUCGCUAUAUUCCCUUCCAUCAUCGGAACCAUCACAUCAAAACGAUGGAAUCAAUUCCUUUGCAGACAUUCAAGAAUUACAGAAUCUGCAUGUUUCACUUCUUUCUAUUUCCUCAUGUUUUGGCCGCAUUUUCGUGGGGUUCUUUUCAGAUAUCACGAAGCAAAUGUUUAAUCUUCGAAGAAUAUCCUUUUUUAUUCUAUCAGGGUGUCUAUUGUCAUUCGGACAUUUUUUGACUGGAUUUUGGAUUAAAUCGUUGGAUUUUCUGUAUCCAGCGACAAUUUUUGUUGGUACAGGAUUUGGAAUGAUGUUUAGUAUUGCGCCUACAAUAACAAACGAAUGGUUUGGCCCAAAAAGAUUUGGUAUUAAUUGGUGA